GAGCCGGCGGGCGCGCGGGCGGCGGGCGGAGGAUCGCGCGGGCGCGGCACCUGCCGGCCCCGAGCGUCUGGCUGUCGCAGCGCCGGAUCGCCCUGAUUGACUCUGAGCGGCUGCCGACAUGAGCGCAGUGUCGCAGCCCCAGGCUGCUCACAGCCCCCUGGAGAAGCCGCCCAGCACGGCCAUCCUGUGCAACACGUGUGGGAAUGUGUGCAAGGGGGAGGUGCUGCGGGUGCAGAGCAAGUACUUCCACAUCAAGUGCUUCGUCUGCAAAGCGUGCGGCUGCGACCUGGCCGAGGGCGGCUUCUUCGUGCGGCAGGGCGAGUACAUCUGCACGCUGGACUACCAGAGGCUCUAUGGCACCCGCUGCUUCAGCUGCGACCAGUUCAUUGAGGGCGAGGUGGUGUCCGCGCUGGGCAAGACCUACCACCCCGACUGCUUCGUGUGCGCGGUCUGCCGGCUGCCCUUUCCCCCCGGGGACCGAGUGACCUUCAACGGGAAGGAAUGCAUGUGCCAGAAGUGCUCCCUGCCCACGUCGGUGGGCAGCAGUGCGCACCUGUCCCAGGGCCUCCGGAGUUGCGGGGGCUGUGGCACAGAGAUCAAAAACGGCCAGGCCCUAGUGGCUUUGGACAAGCACUGGCAUCUGGGCUGUUUUAAGUGCAAGACCUGCGGGAAGCUCCUGAAUGCUGAGUACAUCAGCAAGGAUGGGCUGCCCUACUGUGAAGCUGACUACCACACCAAGUUCGGCAUCCGCUGCGAUGGCUGUGAGAAGUACAUCACAGGGCGAGUGCUGGAGGCGGGGGAGAAACACUACCACCCUUCGUGCGCGCUAUGUGUCAGGUGUGGCCAGAUGUUCGCAGAAGGAGAAGAGAUGUAUCUUCAAGGUUCCUCCAUCUGGCAUCCGGCGUGUCGACAAGCUGCUAGAACUGAAGACAAAAACAAGGAAACCAGAACUUCCUCGGAGAGCAUCAUUUCUGUACCUGCUUCCAGCACCUCAGGGUCUCCAAGCCGUGUGAUUUAUGCGAAGCUCGGUGGGGAGAUCCUUGACUACAGGGACUUGGCUGCCCUUCCCAAAAAUAAGGCCAUCUAUGACAUCGACCGCCCCGACAUGAUCUCCUACUCGCCCUACAUCAGCCACUCCACGGGGGACAGGCAGAGCUGUGGUGAGGGGGACCAGGACGACCGCUCCUACAAGCAGUGCCGGACCUCCAGCCCCAGCUCCACUGGCUCGGUCAGCCUUGGGCGCUACACCCCGACCUCGCGCUCACCCCAGCACUACAGCCGUCCAGCUGGUACUGUGAGUGUUGGUACCAGUAGCUGCCUCUCCCUGUCCCAACACCCAAGCCCUACAUCCGUGUUCAGACAUCAUUACAUCCCCUACUUCCGAGGCAGUGAAAGUGGCCGGAGCACCCCCAGCCUCUCCGUGCUGUCAGAUAGCAAGCCUCCUUCCUCCACCUACCAGCAGGCGCCUCGCCACUUCCACGUCCCAGACACUGGCGUAAAAGAUAACAUCUAUAGGAAACCCCCCAUCUACAAACAGCAUGCCGCGAGGCGAUCGGAUGGGGAGGAUGGAAGUUUCGACCAGGAUAACAGGAAGCAGAAGACCAGCUGGCUGAUUCUCAAGGGGGACACAGACACAAGGACCAACUCUCCAGACUUGGACAGCCAGUCCUUGUCCCACAGCAGUGGAACUGACAGAGACACUCUCCAAAGAGUGCAAGGGGACAGCUUUCACUCACGACCCCCCUAUUCCAAGUCUGACUCUCUCCCAGGACACGGAAAGAAUGGCUUGGACCACCGGAAUGCCAACCUGGCCCUGUUUGGAGCAGACCCGGAUGCCAGCUGGGGCAUGCGAGAAUACAAGAUCUAUCCUUACGACUCCCUCAUUGUAACAAACCGAAUCCGUGUGAAACUGCCCAAAGAUGUGGACCGGACGAGACUGGAGAGACACCUGUCGCCGGAGGAAUUCCAGGAAGUGUUUGGGAUGAGCGUCGAAGAGUUCGACCGCCUGGCGCUCUGGAAGAGGAACGACCUCAAGAAGAAAGCCCUGCUGUUUUGACGGUCGCCAGCCUGCUUCGCUGCGCGUGGAGAGAGUGGAGACAGGGACCCCCGGCGAGAAGCGCGCAAACACCCCCCACUGCACCUUGCUCAGGCUUCUCUGUGUCGAUGGGGCAGGCAGUGGGCGCCUGAGGGGGUUGGGCCGGGCCUCAGGGUGGGAGGGGCCCCUGGCAGGUGCAGCCCCUGUGUCUGCCAGUGACCCUCCUGCCCGUAGUCUAGACGGCUAGCUUCGCACCACCCUCCCCGCUGUGGCCUGGCGUCAGGGAGAUGCCGCAGAGUAGCUGUCACAGAGCAUCAGAUGGAACAUGCCAAUAGCCCAGCUCCCCAGCAUCCUCAAGGUGCCCCCGCCUUGUGCUAGGCACGUGGGGUACGGAGGUGGCCAGGACGUGAGCUGUGAUGACAGCACUGACACCACCUUGGGGGCACAUGGCUCUUCAGGGCAGGGCAGGCUGGCCUCGCACGCACACUCGCAGGCCAGUGCAGGGAGAGGGCUGCCAGCAUCCCGGGCAGUGCCCAGCCUCUGUGACGGGUUUCUUUUUAGGGACAAACAUCAACCUGCCCGGGCACCUCCCGCCAGCACCACCUCCAUGCACCGCGUUCUUCCAAACCAUCCCCUAGAUGCCUACAUGAUAACUUUAAAGUAACACAGAAGUUUUUAUUUUAUUAAAAAGUAUAGCCUACCUAAAUGUAAGACGACAUAUAUAAAGAGUUUAAUUUCACGGUCCCCCGACGGGGAGCGCCUCCAGCCUUACUCAGCACCGCUCAGAUCUGUGUGGUUUCUGUCACUUCUCAUGUGUUCCUCCUAGACAGGACUCCUUGUCUGUGUUCUUUUUCUUGUUUUUUCUUUUUCACGUGUCACAUAGGUAUAAUCUUAAAGACAGACCCCUCUCCAUACUGCUGUUUGUAAAUACGUGUGAAGUAUAGCCACCAUUGUUUUCCUUGCUGUUAUUUUUCCAAGUCUUGGACAGAAAACCUCCUCCGAUGGCCAAAGCCCUGGAAUAAAGGACUUUCAUGCACCCGG